GAGGCCAGGAAGAGCAACAGACGGACUGCAGCUCCUGGACAAGCUCACGGGCUCCCGGGGACAGCAAAGCUUGGAAGAGACAUCUCCCCGCUCCUGGAGAAGCAAGACAGGUGCAGCCACAACGCCUGAGGCAGGAGGGACGUUUCCUCAGUUACAUGACUACGUUCAGCUUCCAGUCUCAGUAUCAGCCUUUGAGCUAAGUAGUCUGACCGGGAAACCAUAUCCCUGGGAUGCGAUGAGCUGGUAAAAAUGGGGACCAGUAAUAUAGAAGCUUUCUCCGUGGCCCUGAUAGAUGUGGCCAAUGAUAAGGAUGAGAGGGUUCGGCAGCAGGUGUCACAAGCCCUGUGUGAGCUGGGGUUCCACCAUCCCAAGGUCGUGCUCAUGGCCUCUCAUGAUUACCUCCUCAAGCACAGCAAGCUGGUGCAAGUGCACCGUGUCCUGGUGCUGCAGAGCAUGGAGGCCAUGGUGAAGGGCACCAUCGCUCAGCUGGACCAGUCCCUCGCCAGGAAGAUCAUCACACUGGCCUCUUAGGAACUCACCAGAUCAAAGGAAGUGGUUCCUCAUUGGCAGGAGGCGGCCAGUAAUCUGCUGGUUGCCCUGGGCUGCAGGUUCAUCAACGAGGUGAUGGAGGAGAUCCUCCAGAAGUUCCAGCCGGGCAUUCUCCCCCAUUUCUUUGUGGUUCGCACCCUGGCUAACCUCUCCGUUGCUAACGUGUACGGGAUGGUGCCCUUCCUGACCGCAAUCCUGGGCACCAUGCUGCCCAUGCUGGGCAUUGCCAGGCAGGACAACAUGAAAUCCGUUUUCACUAUUGCGCUAGGCCGGUUCAGCGAGGCUAUCCUGGAGUAUCUGGCUAACCUGGACAAGGCCCCGGAUCCCACCGUCAGGAAGGACGCCUUCUCCAGCGAGAUCUACGCGGCCUACGAGGUGCUCUUCAACCAGUGGCUGCAGCACAAGGAGCCCAAGCUAAGGACAAGUGUGGUGGACGCACUGGGACAGAUGUCCCAUCUGAUGCCUCACGACAAGCUGGAGGAGCAGCUGCCGAGGCUGAUCCCGGGAAUCCUGUCCCUGUAUCGCAAACACCCGGAGCACUUCCACUUUACACAGAGUCUGUGCCAUGUGCUGGAUGCUGCUGUGGAGAUGGGUAGUCGUGUGCUGGAGAGCCAGAUGGACGGACUGCUCAACGUGCUCCACCCCCAGAUCUGUGCCCCGAUGGAUUACAGGAACCACACAGCUGUGAAGAACCACAACGAAGUGCUUCGCUGCUUCACUGUGCUCGCCCGUGCCUUCCCGGACAGGCUGGUGAUGUUCCUGCUGCAGAAACUGGAGAGUCACAGUGAGCGUGUGCGGAUCGGGACCCUGACCGUACUCAAGCACCUCAUCAACUCCUCCGCCCCUCAGCUGGAGAGCAGAAAACCACUCAUCCUGUCCGGCAUCAAACUGGCCCUUCAGGACACCAACAACAAGGUGAAGUGGGCGAUGGUGCAGGUGAUCAGCGCCAUGGCUCAUCACAGCUACCUGGAGCUGCCAGGGGGAGAGGCCAUGGUGGAGUUCAUCAUCCGCCAGUGCGCACUGCCCUGUGCCACCCCGAUGCCCAAACCCCGGAGCUAUGACCCUGACGAGGUGACAGAGGAGAACCUGAGGAACAUGUGCGACAACAUCCUCAACCUGCUGACUACCACCGUCAGGACAAUGGAGCCCGUGCUGUGGCCGUUCCUGCUGGAGUUUGUGACCCCCACUCAGUACCUCAACGCCCUGGCCCCAGUGUGUCGGAGUCUGGAGCACCUCGGGGCUAAGAAGCAGCAGAACGGAGAUGAAGAGUUUAUUCUUCACUUAGAGGAGCGAGUGAAUCUGCCCGGACCCCAUCUGCUGCUGACCCGUCUCAUGGUGGUGUCCUCGUUCCCCUAUCGAGGGAGGGGUCGGGGUCUGGCAGCCCUGAAGCUGCUCCAGGUGUUGAGUGUCAGCCUGCACCCCGCGCUGGGCAAGGUGUGCGACAGUGAGCUGGCCAGCCUCAUCCACCAUCUGGCAGAGAAUUCUGAGCAGUCCCUGCUUCAGCGGCAGUGGGAGGACAAGCUGUUGUUGUUCCUGUCUCGGAGUGUGGAGGCUGUCAGUGAUGACUUGUGGCGAUCGCAACUGUGUGAGGAGAUGAUUCAACACCUCAACACCUACAGCAGCCACCCACAGGAGAAGGGCUUCCUGUAUAAGUGUGUGGGGGUGGUGCUGAGGCACACACACAGCCGGGACGCGGUGCGUAAACAGCUGCUGGAGCUGCUGCAGACAGUGCGACACACAGAGCCACUGGAGAGAGAGGGGGUGGCAGUCGGGGUGGGUUUCUGUGCGGCCACACACUUGGACGACACUCUCGGUAAAUUGGAGGAUUUUGGCAAAUCCGAUAUUGUCAGGAAAACAUCCAGUCUCUUCAACAUCCUCAAGGACAAGGCUGAUGUGGAGGUGGAGAAGGUGAGGAGCACGCUGAUCCUGUGUUACGGCUAUGUCAGCCUGCACGGCCCUGAGCAGCUCAUCCUGCCUCGUAUCCAGACUCACAUCGUCAGGCUGGUCCUCAGCCACUUCAACACCAAGGUUCUGGGGAUAAAGGUUGAAACCAAGGACCUGACCGUCAAGCUCAGUUUGCUCCGAGCCGUCAGUCUGAUCGCAAGAGCCGUCUACAGCAACACGGCCAACCAGACCUUCACCUUCAGCCACAAGGGAGAGCUACUGCACCUCCUGCAGGACCUGAUCAAGGCUGAGCCCCCGGAUGUCCUGAGGACCCCAAUUCGCCAACACGCCAUCACAGCCAGUCUACACCUCCUGAAGCUGGACCCAAUGCUGAGUGAGGCUGACUUGUAUGAGCUGAUCACCACCUGUCUGGGCAGUGUAUUCUCCCUGCCACCGCGGCUCGCCACCGAAAAGGGCAAGGAGGAGGCCAUCACUGACAUGAAGGAGCGUGAGGUGAUGUACACAGACGCACUGACUGCUUUGCAGGAGUUAUUGAUGCAAAUCCUGCUCCAGGACUUGUCUCCUGAUGGGCUCCAGGCUGUGUUCAAGCACAUCGAGCCCUGGUUAUCAGCAAGAGACCACGAGCGGGAGCGAGCUACGGAGACCACCUCCAAACUGCUGGCGUUCUACCUGGACAAGCUCAACAUCCGAAACAUGGUGGCGUUUCACAACUUGGGGGCUCUGAUUGGGCGAGUGAUCCCACGCUGCGCGGAUCCCCUCCCCACUGUACGGCGGGGGGCUGUGGAGAGCAUCUACACCCUGCUCUGUAUCCAGCUGCGUUACGAAGGCUUUGCUCUGGACCACCGGGACGAGGAGGUGGAGUUCCUGCGCAGUGUGAAGGACGGUCUGGGCCAGGCUGAGAGCAAGGUCUUGCUCCGCAUGUGCUCUGACAUUGGCAAGGUGAUCUCAAAGCGGAUGCCCCAGGAUCAGGUGAACACACUGCUCUUCAUGCUGUUCGAGGGGUUGGGAGACCAGCACCCCAGCGCUGCCAUCGCAGCCGCCAUCCUCAUCAACACCCUGGUCCACAUCCGCGGGACUGGCCUCGGCGACCAGGUCUCCGAGGUGUUGGAGGUUCUUCAUCUUCAGCUCCAGUCGGUCACUCAGGAGCAGGUCAAGUUCUCUGUGUUACAGACGGUCUCUCUCCUGGCUGCUCAGAACAUGCCGGCGGUGGUCGCUUGUCUCCUCUCACACCCUCUGCCCUUUGACAGAGAGGCUGGGGAGCUGUGGCAGGCAUUGGCCCUGAUGUUGCCGGGGGAGGGGGCUCAGGCCCGACUGACCCUGGAGCACCUGGUGGAGAAGCUGAACAAACAGCUGCCGUACGAGGAGAAGCGAGACUCCCUCCUGCGCAAGAGCGUCACCCGCUACGCCACCAUCCCCACCCUCGCCGUGACGUGUGCACUGUGUGAGAUGCUGUCCCGGCCGGAGGUGGGGGAGGUUGUGCUCAGUCUGUAUCCUCAGCUCCUCUCCUGCUUGUUGGUACGCGUGGGGUCCAGUGUGGGGGUGCGGCCCCCCAGAGACCCACCAAACACCGGGGCCAAGAGAUCCGGCCAGACGCCCCCCAGGAGCCUGGACGUCUGCAGCUGCUCGGUGAGUGCCCUGAAGGCGCUGUUGGCUCGGGGGAAGGCCCAGGCCGUGCUGAAGGCCAUGGAGGACGAGGGCGGCUGGGAGAUGAUUAAGGAUCCGGAGAAACACCCUGAGGGGGUCGCUGUACUGGCCAGGGCGAUGGCUCAGCACAGCGCUCCCCACCUGAGCGGCAUUGUGGAGCAGUUAUCUCCCACCCUGACCAGUGUGUACGAGGACCAGAGGAUCACAGUCACUGCGUUCUACGCAGAGCUGCUGAACCACCAUGUAAUGGCUGACUUGCUGCUGGUGGACGCACUGGUGAGCAGCCUCCUGCGCUGCCUGGUGGACUCCUGUCCUGUCGUCCGCAUGUUGUCCAUCCGGGGGCUCGGCAACGUGGCUGUGGGAGCUGCCGCCCAGAUCCACAAGUACGCCACGCGGCUGCUGUCAGCGCUGAUCGCGGGGAUGGAUGAGAAGGACGACCCCGGUGACCUGAUCACACUGGAGGCCAUGUCUGGCCUGGCCAAGGUGCUGGAGGUGCUGGAGGACAGCAGUGUCCAGCCCAUCCUCAUCAACAUCGCUCUCCGCAUCAGGCCAUUCUUCGAGAAGGAUAAGGAGCGAGUGCGAGCGGCAGCGUUCACAGUGUUUGGGAGCCUAUCGAGGUUUGGUGACGGACAGUCCAAGGCUGAUUUCCUGGAGCAAAUUCACUCCAGUCUGGUCAGCCUCCUGCUGCAUCUCAACGAUAGCAGCGAACUGGUGGUGAAGGCCUGUAAGUUUGCGCUGCGGCUGAUAGGACGGUUGCUGUGCUCAGUGAGUGUGGGCUCCAUGUUCCAGAAGCACCUGCUGGGGGAGGCCAGUCUGCACUACGGAGAGUUCAUCAACAACUUGUCUAAGCACAUCAUCAGUGAUUUCCCGGAGAAGAUUAAUUUCUAUGUGAUGGGCUGCAUGGCUUUCUUCAGGAGCGUCUGGCCUGAGAUCAGGGCCAAUGCUGUCAUGUUCGCAGGUUUCCUCCUGGGCAACCUCACCCCCAGCCAGCUGCAGACUGUGUCCCUCGAGCACGUGUGUGCAGCGAUCCUCAUGCUGCUGCAGGACGGUUCGCCAGAAGUCAGGAUGAAAGCUGCCGAGGCUCUGAGCCUCCUGCACGGAUUGUGAGGGACAUCGAUUCCUCCCUACUCCCCGCGGCCAGUGCUCUCUCUCUCAUUGUCACUCACAAUCCAGAGCCCUCAAGGAGAGAGCUUUGCUGCUGGACCUCGAGACCAAAGGCCAUAGAGGGAGUGGGAGAGUGUUGUGUGUGGUCGGUUGACACGUUGGUGGGGAUUGUGUGUCUUUGGUUGUGGUGCUGUACUGGGCAGGAGAUGGUGUAUGUGAGGGGCCAGGAAACAGGAGUCUGACUGGCAUUGUGGGGUCAGCCAUUCUGACAAUGGUACACCCCCACCCCCCCCUCAACUCCUCCCAGUCUAUGCUGCCCGUCGCUUCCCAUGUUAGUUACGGGUUGGUGUGGGUGGGGAGGGAAUUAAAGCCACAUUUUGUAAUGGUUAAAUGUGGAGAAGGGGGUGGGUGGGGGGAACCGUCCUUGCCCUGUACUCCCCUCAGGGGGGAGUGGGGGAGAGCCAGGCUGCCAGCCUCACUAUGUCU